CUUGAACUAUUUGGCCGUUGGUAUAAAUCAAGACAAUAAUAUUCACAUAGAUGCCUUUCCUAAAUCUUUCAUGGUACUCAUGAUUGGUUCUUUUUUUGCCCCGAAUUGGGUUUCAUAAGUGUUUUCGAAAAUUCUAGCUUCGAAAAUUUUCUUUUAAGCGGCCCCACUUUGCACUUACAUAGGUGACAUUCUAUUAAGAGUAUUUAGCCCUACGCUACUUAAUAUAAUCAAGAUACAAGAAUCAUUAAAAUCAUAUCUUAACCUUUAACAUUCUGUAGAAAGCACUUUAAUUAUCAUAGGAAUGAAUGAGGAAAUAUUUCCCUGAGCGCCAAUGUCAUUUUUUCAUUCCGGAGCGCCAAUGUCAUUUUUUCAUUCCGCAGAAAACACUUUAAUUAUCAUAGAAAUGAGUUAGAAAGUAUUUCCCUGAGCGCCAGUGUCAUUUUUUCAAUGAAGACUUUUUGCCCGCCUGUCACUCAUGUGUCGCGCGAGCAUUAGGCGAGCGAUGGAGUUGAGAAAUUUUUCGGCAAGUUUUUACUCUUUUCUUUCCAAAUUUGGACCACAAUUUCUCGUUCAUUUGGAAUUGAUUUUGAGAUUCUAAAUAUGCCAGGAUGAUCUAUUGGAUGAGUAGAAUAAGAUUGUUAAUUUAUAUUUAUAAUUUGGAUCAAGUUUGAAUAUUUGGUCGAAGUUAACAUAAAGUUAGUUUUCAUGCUUAACCAAAUUUUUCAAUCUUUAAACCAAAUUCCAAAAGAUGAAUCCAACAAAUGCUCCACUCUCAGCUAAUUAUUGUCCAAUUUAAUCUUUGUACGAAUAUUUUAGGGACUAGCCAGCAUGCUCAUAGUUGGCUCAUUUCUUAUGAAAGCGAAGAAGAAUGAAUAUGAUUGAGUCCACACUAAAAACCGGAGUUCUUCAUGAAUGGAUUGGUUCCUUGCACACUUUAAGAUGCUGUCUCCCUUGACGGGAAAAAUGAGAAAUUUAUGAAUGUGCUUUAUGUAUAAACCGUUAAUAUUUUGCAUAAUAGACCGAAGGAACUCAAACUCACAUAGAGUAUAAAACACGAUGGAAACAAUCUGUGCAUAUGCACAGAUUACACCAUUUCAUUCAACUUUUCAAAGCUUAGUUAUCUUGAAUAGGCUAAUGUGCGACUAUAGAUGUAAUUAUAAAUUGAUUAGGCUAUUGAAGUUUUAGAUUUGGAUCUUUGGUCACUUCUGGUUGAUGAGACAUCCGACGAUGAAAAUGGAAAAGACUUAUUCUGCAACAAGCAAGCUAGAGAAAUUUAUAGCAAUAAGCUGGCUUUAAAGCAGGCGGCACAACAUAAUGUAAAAAGUUCUAUAUUUUCUACUUCUAAUAAGAAAAUUAAGUAACUGUGUUCUCGAGAAUUACAAGAUCAAAAUUCCUAUAUGGAUAUAGAUGUUCUAACACAAUUUCCAUCUCAUUAUUCUUUCUGCAGGAAAUGUCAUUACUAAAACAUCUUUAUGUUGAUAUGGAGCCUAAGUUUAUGUCACUAAUAUCUUGCUGGUCUGCAACCAUUUCAGAAAUUUUCAGCUACACGGCAUGCAGGCAGUUAUCGCAAAUGUUCUUUGCUAUAUUCUUCUUUCACAUUUCAGAACUCAUUCUAGCAAUUGCCAUUCACGGGAAAACGAAUGUAACUCUCAGCUCUCUUUUAAUAAGCAAAAACUAUAUCCUGGCAAUGAUUUGUUCAGUGGUAGAGUACAUUGUUGAAAUUUAUUUCUUCCCGGGGUUGAAGGAACACUGGUGGAUAAGCAACACUGGCCUUUUGAUGGUUAUUAUUGGCGAAGUUAUAAGAAAGUUGGCUAUAGUUACUGCUGGUAGGUCGUUCACUCAUCUCAUAAAGGUACAUCACGAGGAGCAUCAUAAAUUGGUCACUCAUGGAGUCUAUGCAUAUAUCCGACACCCAAGUUAUUGUGGUUUCUUCAUCUGGUCUGUUGGAACACAAAUAAUGCUUUGCAAUCCUUUAUCCACACUUGCAUUUGCACUGGUGGUUUGGCGUUUUUUCCAACAACGGAUACGAUACGAGGAAUUUUUCUUGCGGCAGUUUUUUGGUUCAGAAUACGAGGAGUAUGCUAGACUGACUCAUUCUGGGAUUCCUUUUCUCAAGUGACGCCUAAUUCAAUAUUUUUAUAUUUUUAAUCAUGUUUGUAUCUUGUAAAAAUCUUGCCUUUCUUAACUGAUAAAUGAAAACUGGUUCCUUUGACAAUUCUUUGUUGUGCAUGUGUUUUGACUGUA